AUGGCAAAUGAGACUUACUACACUGAUCGCUGUUUUCUUUCUCUGUCUCUUCAGCUUACGGUCAUUUUCAAGAACUUUCAGGAGUGCGUUGAUCAGAAAGUCUACCAAGCAGAGACCGACGACCUCCCGGCUGCCUUUGUUGAUGGCUCGCGAAAUGGCGGUGAGAAGCAUGGUGCCAACAGCUUGAGGGUGCUGGAGAAAGUUGCCGGGCAGCACAUUGAGAUCCAGGCCAAGUACAUUGGCACCACCAUCGUCGUUCGGCAGCUGGGCCACUACUUGACAUUUGCCAUCCGGAUGCCCGAGGAGGUGGCUAACUCCUUUGAGGAUAACCAGGGCCUCCAGCUGUGCCUGAAGGGUUGCCCGACCAACGAGCAGAUGGACUGGCGGCUCCCUCAGCCACGGAAAGGAGCGCCCGCGGCCCCCCAAGGAGCCUUCACUCGUGAAACAGCCACCACCAAGUGCAGAGAGAAAUUGCCAGUGGACGACCUGUACUUCCGAUCGUGCGUUUUUGACCUCCUGACCACCGGGGAUGUGAACUUCACGCUCGCGGCGUACUACGCCUUCGAAGACGUCAAGAGCUUGCACUCAAACAAAGACAAGCUGCACAUAUACCAGAGGACAGCUGACCACCCAGAGGGGAACUCUGCCCCUGGGAGACCCAGUCUCCCAACUCUUCCCAUUGCACACUUGCUGCCAGUCUGCUGCCUUUGGUACUGCCUGGCACAGCUAUAGCCACGUUGAUGUGUGACUUUAUCAAGCAGGUGGUCUUGUUUUCGGUUUGAACCGCUGGUAACUACCUAUCUUGUACCUCGCUUGCGCUUGUCUGUAAAUUAUUUCGGUUUCUAAUUUUCUUUUUCUGCCUCCCCACCUCCAGACACGCAUUUUUUCCACUGGCGCUGCCUGGUGAUAGAUGGAUGUCACUGGUGCCAUCCUGUCGAUGUUUGUGGUUGUGUGUUUGUAGAGGAUUUGGAAUAGCGCAGGCAUGCGAUGUCAGUCUGAACCAGGAGCCUGGCUGGGAAUCACCUUACCCACUUACCCGAACUGAGAGCCGUACGUCCUGAAGCUCUUUAGCACUUGUUGCUAUUUCACUUGUCUCCACCCAAAUACCCCUCCGAAUCAAAGUGAUGACCCUAACCCCUUCACAGGGGAGGCAUGGGCAAACGGUGAAGAUUCUCACUUAGUGGGGAAUAUUGGAUUCAGUAAAGGCUGUAGAGUUCCAGCCUCCUGCGGUACCUACCCACCGGCUUUCAGGAUCUGUGCUGUCACACGGCUCAUUCCUCCCGCUGAUCUCUCUGAUUCGCCCUUCUCUCUAAGCCUGGUGAAUGUUGACAGGCUAUUCGCACACGGCAGCAUCACUGUGGUCUAGGCCCAGUCCUUCCUGAGCUCUACUGAGGCUAACCAGCUUGAACUGCAGAGCAGUAGAGAUGCUGCAAUCACGUGUGUAUAAGGCCUUGGCACAUCAUGGAACCCAUCUUCCUACUUGACCAGGACUGUUUGUGCAGUUUGACUCAGCUUCUUGUACUUUGACAUGGAGUUUCAUACUUGCUUGUGCCUAUUAAGUAACACCUGAUGCCCACCUGUUGCACUGGUGCCAACUUUACCAGGCUUGCCCACCCGUGGCUUUGGUUCAGCACAGCCGUGAUCCCUUGUGUAGAAGUUUGGAACAUGUGUUCCUUUCUGGAGAGAAGUUUGUCUGAGUGCAGACAGCAGCAAUGGGGCGGGGGGAACGUGGGGCAGAGGGCCCUGUGAUUAGAUUAAUUUUCCAACACUGGGGGAUCCGACCCUUAGAAAACUACAUGUCCAAGGCAAUCAGAUGAGUUUAAGAUAGGAACCAGAUUUUAUAGCUAUGUUUAAUAAUAAGUUACACAGUUUGUUUUUUUGUAAAACAUUCGCUUUAUUAUUUAUACUGAGUGUUACACUCUGGGGGUGGUGUAACAGUAACAAUAAAGGGUGGGGGGUAUUAAAUAAGGGAAGGAGCUGAAUCAGAAUAGUGUUAGAGGAAGAGAUGGCACAUUCCAACAGUAGCAGUGCCCAUAUCCCUCUAAAAUCCUCGAGGGUUGUGGUAGAUAGCCAGUGCUCCCUUUUCAAGGGCACCUGGCCACAAACAUAGCCGCGGAAGAGGUGCAGGCAGUUAGGAAUGACACCCCUUCCCAUACUCCAUCCCAUCCAUGUGCCUGGACCCCAUUUCUGGCUGCUUUAGCUGGGCCUGUGAUGAGGUCCUCUCACCCGGUCUCUGCACUAGGUGAGUUAACCCUGCUGUGUAACCCCUCAAUGUUGGACAUACCUGGAGGUUGUAGUCUGAGAAGUGUUUGAAGCAAAAUGAAGAGUUUAAAAAAAAACUGCAAGCUAUUUCUUGAACACCUCCCCCACCCUGUUUGGUUUAUAAGAUCCCGUCUCCAGCAAGAAAUAUUGCCAUGAACAUGCUGCAGCUACUGUUCCUGCUGAACGAGAACUGGGCAGACAAUGUCUACUAGGCACGGCUUCCCCCCACUCCCCCUCAGAAAGGGGACAGGGUGAAGCGAAUUCUCCAUAUAGCAGCUGAAUAGUAUUGGAGCCAAAACCAGGGAGAGAAAUUGAGUUUGGAAGCAAGAUUGUUAACUAGAGGCUGGGACUCGAAAGCAGGAUAGCUCCUAUCUCAGUAUGGAAUUGCUGAAGAAUUUCUGUUCUUGCCUUGCACGUUUUCGGUUUCUUAAGUCGAGACCCCUGCCUCUUCCCACUCCCACUCCAACUUUGUUGCCCGUCUUUGGUAACCUUCACACUUUGGGUCUGGGGAUCUCUGAAGAGCACCAGCAGCUUCCUCACCGGGGUUGGUUUCCCCUUCAAAGCUGAGGACGGAGUAUGAGUGGAAGUAGGUUGUUUUUCUUGUAUCCCAAUCCUGCACCCACUUACCCUCUUCCCAACGGCGCAGUUUGAGCAGAGACCAGCAGGUGGUGAUCAGGAGCAGGAGUCUCAGAACAGUGUUGGAGCCCUCUGUUGUUCCCACUUCAGGAGAGAGGAGAGCUAAUUGCAUCUGCUUUAUCAAUGUGUAAAUUUACAGGUCAAUUAGGAAAGAGAUACGUAAAAUAAUGAGACAGAACAGAACAACAGGCUUCAAGAUCCAGUGACGACAAUUCAAUGCUGUAAUUACCCAGACACCGAUGAAAAUGAUCCGUGCCCUGUGGCCUGAAGGCACUUUAUCUCGAUGACAGCCGUGUGUACUGUGCGAUUGUGGAGCUCACUGCAUGGCAUGGUGUUGCUGCGACAGUGUAAAUACAGUGUUGUAUAUUGUUGGGUGUAAUUUAUCUUUGCUGAGAUAAUAUAUAGAGACCCAUGGUGAACAUUUGUGACUGUACAUAUGGAGUAAUGUAAUAUUUCGUUAAAUAUUAAUGUGUAAAAUGUUAACUCUAGCAGCUCUGUUUACCUGUUAAUGUGCUUUGGUUGUGUUAGGUUGACAGAAGAAGGACUUGUGAAAGCAGACCCUUUAAGAUUUCUUUAGAAUGAAGGGGGCCUUGUUGGCAUCAUUGAGCGGGGAGAGCGUUGGUGGGUAGCAGUCUUUACAUCACCAACAUACUGCUCUGUUUGCAAAGUUAAACAUGAACUAGGGCCUUUUCUAUUUUGCCUGCCUGAAUACCCCACCUCAUUCUCCUCUCGCUUGCCCUGGUUGCCAACAGAGCCCCUUCUGAGAGAUUUUUAGGAAUGGCACUUUAUCUUAGUUACAAUGUGACGUGGUUCUUCUUUGUUUGAACUGUUGAGACUAUGGGACAGGAGGUAUUACAGUGCCCAGGGAACACAUGGCCGUGAUGGUGCGGUGUUUCCACAGUCAAAUUGCUUUUUUGGAAAAUGAAAAGAACAACUCCAUUCUUUCCAAUAUGUAGAAAUUUUCAGCAAGAUCUCUUUGUGUACAUAAUGUAAAUUAUUUAUUACUGAAAAAUCUUUGAGUAAAAGUUUUGAGUAAGAAUUUUAACAGUUGAGCAUGUUGGCUGUAGUUUUGUGCUCGUGUUCAGGGAUCUUGGUGCUAAGUGGUACAAUGCCUUUUACAUUUUUCAACAUCAUGUGUACUCAGCACAGGUACAACAUAGUUCAGAUGCAGCAUCAAGCUCCUUAGACAAUGCUCUGUGAAACACUCCCCCAUUGAAAUGCAGAAUAGUUUAGCCACAGAGUAAAUCAUCUCAGCCAUGAUUUUAUCAAAUGACAGAGCAGGCUGAAGGAGCCAAAUGGCCUACUCCUGCUCCUAAUUUUUAUGUGGAAUAGCAACGCUGCCUCAGCAGGUUGGUUUACAAUGCAUGUCUCUGUGCUGUGCUCCGAUAACGUUUCCCAGAUCCCUGAGCAGCUUCACUUUCCCAUAGCCACACAAUGAUUACCAGUUAUCCCAAUAACUGAUUAGAGAUAAUCCAAACUUGGCUAUAUUUGCCAUCAAACUACCUGCUAGCAGUGGUGCAAGAGCUGGAAUCUCCAGGUCCUAACACAACCUCCUCGACCUCCAAAACGCUCCUGCCUAACAGACAGCAAGGUUGUUUCUAUAGAGUAAUAAGAACAGGAGUUGGCCAUUCAGCCCCUCAAGCCUGUUCCAGUGAGAUCAUGGCUAAUCUAAUUGCUUAACAAAAAUGUAUCAAUCUCAGAUUUAAAAUGAACAAUUGAUCCAACAUCUUAAAUCCAUGCCUCCUAAUUAUUGGUCUCCCUAAUAAGGGGAAAUGUUUUCUUCAUCUACACUCCUCAGCACUUUGUAUAUCUCAGUCAAGCCCAUCAUCAUUCUCUGCUCCAAGGAAAACAACCCCAGCUGAAUCGCUCCAACUCCGGCAACAUCCUGGUGAAGAAAAACAGCAAAUGC